CUUCUUUUUGCUACUGGUGAACGAAUUUGCACGCGGGAGUGCAGCCUGAUAAGUGUCCGAAGCGGUUUUCAAUUUGUUACCGAGACAUCCUACUGCUAUCAGAUCAGCUCUAAGCUGUACUCAGCCGCUGAUGCUGCUUCUUACUGCGGUACGCAAGGGGCUCAGUUGGCGUCUCUGGUGCUACAAGCAGAGAUGACGGCACUUUUGAAACCUCCCGUUGCAGAUGCAUCAUCGAGUCGCCUCCGCGUGAAGAUCGCUGGAAAAAAGAGGCGAUCGUAA